AUGACACCUUUUAGCGCUCUUAUUAGCAGUGAAGUAAUUGCUUUUGAUGAAUUCGCUGAAGGACGAACUCGCCUUCUCGUUACAGUGGUGCCGUCGCCCAAAUCCGCACAACGCAAUGAAGUUACCUUGGCCAAACGCGUUUGUAGACGGAGAUGUGGAAAAGUGGAUUUUGAAUUAAUCGCAUCGUGCAAUGGCAUCAAAAGGAGUGCGCAUAUGGUCACCGCGCUGGGUGCACUGCUCACCGGACGAGCGAAUGCCGCUCACGAUCUGAAUUUGGAAAGCAAUCAAGCCCGGGAUCAGUAG